AUGGAGCCUGGCUCAGUGGUCCGUGCCAUCUUUGACUUCUGCCCAAGUGUAUCUGAAGAACUGCCCCUUUUUGUGGGAGAUAUUAUUGAGGUACUGGCAGUGGUCGAUGAGUUUUGGCUUCUCGGGAAGAAAGAAGCUGUCACAGGACAGUUCCCUAGCAGUUUUGUGGAAAUUGUGACUAUUCCCAGUCUAAAAGAGGGAGAGAAGUUAUUUGUCUGCAUCUCUGAAUUCACAUCCCAGGAACUGAACAGUCUUCCCCUCCAUCGAGGUGACCUGGUGAUCCUGGAUGGCUCCCCCAGUGCUGGCUGGUUGCAGGGUCGAAGCUGCUGGGGCGCACGAGGCUUCUUCCCGUCUUCAUGUGUCCGUGAACUCUGCCUCUCCUCACAAAGCCGUCAGUGGCACUCACAGAGUGCCCUCCUUCAGAUUCCUGACUAUUCCAUGGGACAAGCCCGGGCCCUGAUGGGGCUUUCUGCUCAGCUGGAUGAGGAACUGGACUUCAGAGAAGGAGAUGUGAUUACUAUUAUUGGGGUCCCUGAACCAGGCUGGUUUGAAGGAGAAUUAGACGGACAAAGAGGUAUUUUCCCAGAAGGUUUUGUAGAGCUUUUGGGACCUCUGAGGACUGUGGAUAAGUCAGCAGCUUCUGGAAAUCAAGAUGGGUGCAUAAGUAACGGUGCAGUUGAGGGCCCCAUGGGAGAAGAAGAGCGAGGGCCAGAAGAGGAUGAAGAACAGCCGGGGACCUAUGGAAUUGCCCUCUACAGAUUCCAAGCCUUGGAGCCUAAUGAGUUGGAUUUUGAAGUAGGGGAUAAAAUCCGGAUUCUGGGAACCCUGGAAGAUGGCUGGCUGGAAGGAUCACUGAAGGGCAGGACAGGAAUCUUCCCUCACCGUUUUGUAAAGUUAUGUCCUAACACAAGGGUGGGGGACACCAGGGUCCUGCCACAGGAGAGCAACCAUACCACGACGCCAGAAAUGCCUUUGGACUCAUUGGAGAACUCCUCAGUAGUGGAGGAAAGAAGACACGAAUUUAACAAGUAUAGACCAGAGACAUCCAGCUGUGCGAUUUCUGAAACAUUCGCUCCUCCCCUGGAACAUAUGACCCCUGAGUAUGAGCGCAACAGAAACUCUUAUCAGGAUGAAGACAUCAUCUUGAGGGGGCCUUCAAGAAGCCCAGGCCUGAUGCAUGAAAAGCCUCCUGCCAAAGAUUCUUCCGUGAAUGAUCCUUUGGAGGUGGUGAAUGGAGUUUCCUCCCAGCCUCAGUCACAUUUUCAUCCUAAAAUACAUAAAAACCAGUAUUUCUUUACUGCAGAAGAGAACCAUCACCCUCUUCCUGCAGAAGCAAGGAGUAGAGACUACUCCAGUCUACCUCUCAAAGGAGCGUAUUCGCAGCUGAAAACUGCCCACAAACCCCAUCUUUACAGCGGCUCUUUACUCCCAACCUCUAGGACCCACAAACCUGGCCAGCUGAGCCCUCAGUUCCGGGGCACGCCAAAGUUUGCUAAAAAACCUCGCAAGUCCAAAGAACCUGCUUUCAACUUUAUCUCUGUGUCUGACAGAUCAGAGAUGAUGCCUGGCCCACGAGGCAAGGGGCCUGCUGUGGAAGCAGCCGCACUUGACCAGGGAGAUGGCGGCAUUGACCUGGAUUCCAAGUUGACUCAGCAGCUGCUAGAGUUUGAGAAGAGCUUGUCAGGGCCUGGCACAGAACCAGAUAAAAUUGUUCGCCAUUUUUCAAUCACGGGCUUUAACUCCGAGAAGGAUAUUGUCCGGGGUUCCUCAAAAUUGAUGACUCAGCAAGAGUUGCCUGAGAGGAAGAAGGCCCUGAGGCCUCCACCACCACGUCCCUGCACCCCAGUGUUUACUGCUCCCCAUUUGCUGACUGACCAGAACCUGAAACCGACCCCGCCCUUGGCGGUACGCCCCUCUCGCCCAGCUCCCUUGCCUCCCUCAGCCCAGCAGAGAGUGAACACAUCUCCCAAAGGCCUCACCUCUAAGCAUCCUGGCGGUGAGUCUCUGGAAAAGGAGACCCAAGAGAAUGUGGAAAAGCCUGUGGACCAAACUUCUCAGUGUCCCUUAGUGCUAGUGAAGAUUCAAGAAAUGCAGCAGGACUUGGAUAUGGAUAGUGAGACUCAAGAAGAACUAAACUUGAUGCUGGAGGAGAAGCAGGAUGAGUCGUCUAGGGCAGAGACUCCGGAGAACCUUGACUUUUAUGAGAGUAACAUUGACAGUUUGGAUAUAGAACUCCAGCAACUUACAGAAAUGACCCUUCUCUCCUCCCAGUCUUCAUCACUGGCCCCUUCUGUGUCUGUGUCCAAUGAAAACCCAGAGCAGAGGAUGCUGGAGAAGAGAACCAAGGUGAUAGAUGAACUUCUUCAGACGGAAAAAGACUACAUCCGGGACCUGGAGAUGUGUAUCGAGCGCAUCAUGGUGCCCUUGCAGCAGGCGCAGGUCCCAAACAUUGACUUUGAGGGUCUUUUUGGAAAUAUGCAGGUGGUGAUUAAGGUCUCAAAGCAAUUGCUGGCUGCUCUGGAAAACAGCGACUCUGUAGGCGCUGUGUUCCUUGAUCACCGGGAUGAGCUUGAGGGAACAUACAAGGUUUACUGCCAGAAUCACGAUGAAGCCAUUUCGCUGCUGGAUAUCUACGAGAAGGAUGAGAAGUUCCAGAAGCACCUUCAGGACUCCUUGGCGGAUCUGAAGAACCUCUACAGUGAAUGGGGUUGCACAAAUUAUAUUAACCUAGGCUCCUUCCUGAUCAAACCAGUGCAAAGAAUAAUGCGUUAUCCGCUGCUGCUAAUGGAGUUGCUGAAUGCCACCCCAGAAUCCCACCCGGACAAAAUGCCUUUGACCAGUGCAGUCAUUGCAGUGAAGGAAAUCAAUGUUAACAUCAAUGAGUAUAAACGUCGGAAAGACCUGGUCCUCAAGUACCGUAAGGGUGAUGAAGACAGCCUCAUGGAGAAAAUUUCCAAACUGAACAUCCACUCCAUCAUCAAGAAGUCCAACCGAGUUAGCAGCCACCUGAAGCACCUCACUGGCUUUGCUCCUCAGAUAAAAGAUGAAGUAUUUGAAGAAACAGAAAAGAAUUUCCGGAUGCAGGAGAGAAUGAUCAAAUCUUUUAUCCGGGACUUGUCUCUCUACCUCCAGCACAUCCGGGAAUCGGCGUGUGUGAAGGUGGUGGCCGCCAUGAGCAUGUGGGACGUGUGUAUGGAGAAAGGAAACAAAGAACUGGAGCAGUUCGAGAAGGUGCAUCGUUACAUCAGUGAUCAGCUCUUCACGAGUUUUAAAGAGAGGACCGAGCGCCUUGUCAUCUCUCCCUUAAAUCAGUUACUGAGCAUGUUUACAGGGCCGCACAAGCUGGUGCAGAAGCGCUUUGACAAGCUCCUGGACUUCUAUAACUGCACUGAACGGGCUGAGAAGCUGAAGGACAAGAAGACUCUGGAAGAGCUGCAGUCAGCUCGCAACAACUACGAGGCCCUGAAUGCCCAGUUGCUGGACGAGCUGCCCAAGUUCCACCAGUACGCCCAGGGCCUCUUCACCAACUGCGUCCAUGGCUACGCCGAGGCCCACAGCGACUUCGUGCACCAGGCCCUGGAGCAGUUACAGCCUCUGCUUUCUUUACUUAAAGUCGCCGGCAGAGAGGGAAACCUGAUUGCUGUCUUCCAUGAAGAGCACAGCAGGGUCCUGCAGCAUCUGCAGGUGUUCACCUUCUUCCCAGAGACUCUCCCAGCCACCAAGAGGCCAUUCGAGAGGAAAACCAUGGACCGCCAGUCUGUCCGAAAGCCACUUCUGGGCCUGCCAAGUUACAUGCUGCAGUCAGAAGAACUCCGGGCUUCCCUUCUGGCUCGGUAUCCUCCUGAAAAACUAUUCCAAGCAGAGCGCAACUUCAACGCUGCUCAAGACCUGGAUGUCUCGCUUUUGGAAGGUGACCUUGUAGGUGUGAUUAAAAAGAAAGACCCUAUGGGCAGUCAGAACCGCUGGCUGAUUGACAAUGGAGUCACCAAAGGCUUUGUGUAUAGCUCCUUCCUGAAGCCUUACAAUCCUCGCCGCAGCCACUCGGAUGUCUCCGUGGGCAGCCACUCCUCCAACGAGUCAGAGCACAGCAGUUCCUCUCCCAGAUGCCCACGGCAGAAUAGCAACAGCACCUUGACCUUCAACCCCAACAACUUGGCCGUGUCUUUUACCUCAGGACCUUGUCAGAAACAGCCUCAAGAUACAAGUCCAUUGAAGGAAAUCGACCCAGGAAGUCUGAGUGCAUCGUUAAACUCCGGUACUUCAGAGGGUAACCCUUCCCGGUGCCUUUCUGACACAGACUCCGCCUCCCCGCCUCGGCUGUGGGAAUCUGUAGAUGCGGCUGGAGACACCAGCAUCACCCAGCCCACAGCCACCCCAAGGAGCUACCGAAACUCCAGACAUCCCGAAGCGGCUGUUUACCCCAUCCCGGGUCGAAAUGGGCCAAGUAAAGACCUCGGGAAAGAAUGUGCCAGAACAGCCCAGCCCGUGGAAGACAAAAGCCGAGAGCCAGAGAGCAGCGAGGCGGCAGGCAACCAGGUCUAUUUUGCCGUCUACGCCUUCAAUGCACGGAACCCAAAUGAGCUGAGUGUGUCAGCCAAUCAGAGACUCAAGAUCCUUGAGUUUAAGGAUGUUAUGGGAAAUACAGAGUGGUGGUUAGCUGAAGUCAAUGGGAAGAAGGGUUAUGUUCCCUCCAAUUAUAUCCGCAAAACUGAGUACACCUGA